AUGAUAAUAGGAUUUAUAAUAAAAGGAAUAUUAGCACCAUUGAUAAUAGUGUUAUUAUAUUCAAAUACAAAGGCGUUAUAAAAUUAAGAAUAAUAAGUACUAAACUUUUGGGAGAAUUUCUUUGGAGAAGUAUAUUAAAUUAGAAAAUAAACAUUCACAAAGAAUUCAGCAUUUAAGCCAGAAUAUAAUGUAAAAGAAUAUAUUAGUAUGAAUUAGUAAUCUCGUUAUAAUGUAGCCGAAUCUCCUUUGUAUUGUAAAAAGAGUGAUUCAUAUAAAAUGGUACACCCAGAUAUAGUAUUACAAGAUUAUUAUGUAUGGAGAGAUUAUCCUCCUACAAAUUUACCAAAAAAGAUAACUUUAGAUAGAACAUUUGCAGUAUUAGAUAAAGUAAGUGCAUCAAAGGUUGCUUCAUAUAAAUAUGAGAAUUAAUUACCACUUUAACUUGGAUUUAUUUAUACAACAGUUUCAUCAUUAUAUAAUAAUUAUGUUUGGGGAAAGGGAUUAGGAUGUGUUUUAUAAAAAUACAGUCAUAUUCCAGGAAAGAAUACUGUAGCUACAAAAAAUUAAUUAAUUGACAAUUUUAUGAAAUAUGUUAGAGAUUUCGAUAAAAAAAAUAUUACUAAUCAAGAAUGUAAGAGGAAUGCCUCUUUUAUUCCUGAAACAUAUAGAUUGAAUAAUGAAAAUGAUUGUAAGGCAUUCUUUGAAACAUUCAAAACUGAUGAAUAUUAAAAGAGAUUCUAAAAAUAUGGGCCUUAAUAUAUUUUAAAAACUAAUUAACAUAGAGGAGAAGGCAUUACUGUAUUAUUUGAAAAUGAGACAAAUGAAUUAUUUUAAUAAUACAAUCAUGGUGAAGAAUGCGGAAAAAUAUCUACUCAAGUAAUUGCUCAGAGAUACAUAUCUAAUCCAUUCUUAUAUAAAGGACAUAAAAUAGAAUUUAGAAUUUAUUAUACUAUCAUAUCAACUAAACCAGUUAUUGCAUAUUCAUAUUCAAGGUAAUUUAAUUAAUAAUUUUUAAUCAAGAGCAUUAAUUAAAAGAUGUGCAAAACCAUUUAGUGUUCAUUCUACUGAAAAAGGAGCUCAUGUAUGUAAUACAGCAAUUGUGAAAAAUUUAGUAAAAAGUGAUAAAGAUGAUGAUGAAAUUGAAGAUGAAGAAUUCUUUAUUGAUUGGUAUUUAGAGGGUUUGGAGGAUUUAUUAAUCAAAUAGGGAAGAGCUAAGAAAGGAUGGUUAUAAAGUUAUCUAUAUCCAAAAAUUCAUAGAUCUUUAAUUCAUAUGACUAAAGCUACUUAUCAUUCUUUUGCUAGAGAUAGCACGUAUUUAAUAUUUAUAAUUUUAGUUUUGGGGAAUUCUUUGCUGUUGAUUUUUUACUUGAUGAUAAUUUAGAUGUUUGGGUUUUAGAAGUUAAUUAUAAUCCAUAAAUUCUAAGUGUUACUCCUGAUAGAAUUAAAAGAAAUUAUAAAAUGUUAGAAGAUCAUUUUGAAUUAUAAUAUGUCUAUCUCAGAAGUAAAUUAUAUCGAUUAUCUUAAUUUGGUAAAACUAUUUUAAAGAAAGAUAUAAAAUCUAUUUAAUCUAAAUAAAUUGAGGAAUUGUUGAAAGAUAAAUUAGAAAAUUAAUUUGAAUUAUCCAAAGACAAUUUAUAUGUCAAAAUAAUUGAUGAAGGAUUGCCAGGUACUCAAGCAUACAAUAGUCUUAUAUCAUAAGAGUGUCUUANUAGCUACAAAAAAUUAAUUAAUUGACAAUUUUAUGAAAUAUGUUAGAGAUUUCGAUAAAAAAAAUAUUACUAAUCAAGAAUGUAAGAGGAAUGCCUCUUUUAUUCCUGAAACAUAUAGAUUGAAUAAUGAAAAUGAUUGUAAGGCAUUCUUUGAAACAUUCAAAACUGAUGAAUAUUAAAAGAGAUUCUAAAAAUAUGGGCCUUAAUAUAUUUUAAAAACUAAUUAACAUAGAGGAGAAGGCAUUACUGUAUUAUUUGAAAAUGAGACAAAUGAAUUAUUUUAAUAAUACAAUCAUGGUGAAGAAUGCGGAAAAAUAUCUACUCAAGUAAUUGCUCAGAGAUACAUAUCUAAUCCAUUCUUAUAUAAAGGACAUAAAAUAGAAUUUAGAAUUUAUUAUACUAUCAUAUCAACUAAACCAGUUAUUGCAUAUUCAUAUUCAAGGUAAUUUAAUUAAUAAUUUUUAAUCAAGAGCAUUAAUUAAAAGAUGUGCAAAACCAUUUAGUGUUCAUUCUACUGAAAAAGGAGCUCAUGUAUGUAAUACAGCAAUUGUGAAAAAUUUAGUAAAAAGUGAUAAAGAUGAUGAUGAAAUUGAAGAUGAAGAAUUCUUUAUUGAUUGGUAUUUAGAGGGUUUGGAGGAUUUAUUAAUCAAAUAGGGAAGAGCUAAGAAAGGAUGGUUAUAAAGUUAUCUAUAUCCAAAAAUUCAUAGAUCUUUAAUUCAUAUGACUAAAGCUACUUAUCAUUCUUUUGCUAGAGAUAGCACGUAUUUAAUAUUUAUAAUUUUAGUUUUGGGGAAUUCUUUGCUGUUGAUUUUUUACUUGAUGAUAAUUUAGAUGUUUGGGUUUUAGAAGUUAAUUAUAAUCCAUAAAUUCUAAGUGUUACUCCUGAUAGAAUUAAAAGAAAUUAUAAAAUGUUAGAAGAUCAUUUUGAAUUAUAAUAUGUCUAUCUCAGAAGUAAAUUAUAUCGAUUAUCUUAAUUUGGUAAAACUAUUUUAAAGAAAGAUAUAAAAUCUAUUUAAUCUAAAUAAAUUGAGGAAUUGUUGAAAGAUAAAUUAGAAAAUUAAUUUGAAUUAUCCAAAGACAAUUUAUAUGUCAAAAUAAUUGAUGAAGGAUUGCCAGGUACUCAAGCAUACAAUAGUCUUAUAUCAUAAGAGUGUCUUAAGUGA